ACUCCGCGCACGCUCAGAGGAACAGCAGCAGGGCGGCUAGGAGGACACGGGUGGGGGAAAUGGGCCCGUUGGCCUGCCCAGGCGAGAGGGGGCUCCGCGCCGCCCCCUCCCCAGCGCAGACACUUGGGGGGAGGGGCUGGCGCCCCCGCCUCGUCAGGUCGCUUCCUUAAGCCUGCAGACGCGCGCCGGGGCUCCGCGAUUCGUGAGGCCAGGCCGGGGCUGGGGGGGGGGGGGGGCCUGCAGCCGGCAGGUGAGGAGCGGGCUACGGCGGCGGGGGAAAGGCGGCCCCGCUCCUGUUUGGGCACGCGGGCUGCCGCUGGCUGGCCACGUGCCGAGCUGGCCGGCCCGGCUCCCCCCCCCCCCCGCCCCCAGCUCCGCCGGGGAGGAGGAGGGGGCCGAGGCUCGCGAGAUCUGGCAGCGGAGAGCCUGGGCUGGCCGGAGAGGCGCUGAUCCCGCCGCCCGGAGUCCGCACACGCAGCCCUGCCGGCAGCAGCGGCGCCUCCUCCGUAGAGAUGGCCCAUAACCACCACAGCGUAAUGCCCACGGGCUGGUUCCAGGUCCUGAGUCGCCCCUUCCUCCUCCUGCUGUCCUUAGUGGUGGCUGCAUCUGCCCAGAGCGACGAGCUGACCGUGAACACUCAGACAGGGCGUGUCCGUGGCACCCGCAUGUCAGUCCUGGACGGCAACCUCUCUGCCUUCCUGGGAAUCCCCUUUGCAGAGCCCCCUGUGGGGCGCCUGCGCUUCCUGCCCCCGGAACCCAAGAGGCCGUGGAGCGGCACGCAGGACGCCUCCUCGUACCAGCACGCCUGCUACCAGUUCGUGGACAAGAUGUACCCGGGGUUCCAUGGCACUGAGAUGUGGAACCCCAAUCAGGAGAUGAGCGAGGACUGCCUGUCCCUCAACAUCUGGGUGCCCUCGCCGCGCCCCAAGAACGCCACGGUCUUGGUCUGGAUCUACGGGGGCGGCUUCUACAGCGGCUCUUCUUCGCUGGACGUCUACGACGGCCGCUUCCUGGCUUACACGGAGAAGAUCAUCUUGGCCUCCAUCAGCUACCGCGUGGGGGCCUUUGGAUUCUUGGCUCUGCCUGGCAGUCCAGAGGCCCCAGGCAACGUGGGCCUCCUAGACCAGCGCCUGGCCUUGCAAUGGAUACAGAACAAUAUCCACUACUUUGGGGGUAAUCCAAAAAUGAUCACCAUCUUUGGCGAGAGUGCGGGAGGAGCCUCUGUCGGGAUGCAUCUGCUCUCCGCCCAAAGCCGGCCCUUCUUUAAGCGCGCCAUUUUGCAAAGCGGGGCGCCCAAUGCGCCGUGGGCCACCAUCAGCCCGGCAGAGAGCCGACGCCGCGCCACCCACCUGGCCAAGCUGGUGGGCUGCCACUCGACCAACGAUUCGGAGAUGGUGGCUUGCCUGCGGGCCAAAGAGCCCCAAGAGCUGAUCGACAAGGAGUGGCUCGUCCUGCCCUACGACAGCGUCUUCCGCUUCUCGUUCGUGCCCGUCAUUGAUGGUGACUUUUUCCCUGACACACCUGAGGCCAUGCUCAGCACCAAAGACUUCAAGGAGACACAGGUGCUGGUGGGGGUGGUGAAAGACGAGGGCUCCUAUUUCCUCCUCUACGGGGCUCCCGGCUUCAGCAAGGACAACGACAGCCUCAUCAGCCGGGAGGACUUCCUGGACGGGGUGCGGAUCGGGGUGCCCCAUGCCAACGAGAUUGCUGCCGAGGCUGUGGUGCUGCAAUACACCGACUGGAAGGACGAGCACAACCGCGAGAAGAACCGGGAGGCCAUGGACGACAUCGUGGGAGACCACAACGUCAUCUGCCCCGUCAUGCACUUCGCCGCCCGCUACGCCGAGCACGGAAACAAGGUCUACGCCUACCUCUUCGACCACCGAGCCUCCAACCUCAUCUGGCCACUGUGGAUGGGCGUCCCCCACGGCUACGAGAUCGAAUUCGUCUUUGGGCUGCCCCUGAACAACAGCCUCAACUAUACCGAAGAAGAGAAAACCUUAAGUCGGCGGAUGAUGCGCUACUGGGCCAACUUUGCCCGCUCGGGGGACCCCACGGAGCCUUCCGAGAGGGGGCAGGUGUGGCCCUCCUACAGCCUGUCUGAGCAGAAGUAUGUCAAGUUGAACACGCAGCCGCUGGAGAUGGACCGCAGCCUCCGGGCCCAAAUCUGUGCCUUCUGGAACCGGUUCCUUCCCAAAUUGCUCAAUGUAACAGACAACAUCGAGGAGGCCGAGCGGCAGUGGAAGGUGGAGUUCCACCGCUGGAGCUCCUACAUGAUGCACUGGAAGCACCAGUUUGACCACUACAGCAAGCAGGACCGCUGCUCGGAGCUGUGAGAGGGGCGCGAAGGGGGGGCGCGUCCGCCCUCUUCUCCCGGCCACCAUGUCCCUCGUGGCCCCCAGCCACGGACCCAGCGAGCCACCCUGUUCCGGAGAGCCCAGCCAAGAACAAAAGUCACCCCAGCCAAGCAGAGCUCGAACCUCCCGCCAAGCGCCGCUCUCCGCACUGACGCGCCGGCUCCGUCCGCCCCCCCCCUCCCCCGACAGAAGCCAAGCAGUCUCUACCUCCUCCAGGGGGUUCGAGUCCACCCGUUGGGGGCAUUUCCACCUGUCUCCCAACUGCCAAGGCAGGGGGGUGGGGGGCAGUCCCUCUACCCGCAAAUGCAACCCCCUCCCCAAUCCCACCCGUUGUCUUCACCAGGAGGGUCCCCUGAACCAAACAUGGCCCCACUGGGCCCCUGCAGACCCUCCCCGGCCUCCACACAAGAAACCCAAAUCCCUGCUGCCAUCCGUAGAUGAUGCCUCUUUCCAGGGAGUCGUGGCAAAGAAACCGCCCUCUAUUAAUCUAUCCCCACAGCUUUAUAUCUAGAGCUAAGUUGGCUAGAGAGUAGGGCAGCGCCCCCCCCCCCCGCCAUCCCCCAGAUACUCUUCUUUGUGGUCAGACGUUGCUUCCAUGUAGCCCAUAUGCAUCACCCCCAAGUGUGUCCCCAAACUGCCCCCUUGGUUAGUUCCAGGAGCCAAGGGCCCCACAGAGCCAGCAGAAUAUACUCUUUGAGUGGUCUGUGUCGCCCAGCCCCCUCUGGCCAACCCCAGAAGGCUGCCCUCCCCCCAGCCUUAUGUCCACACAUCUGCCCCCCACCCCCACCCCACUCUGCCUGCAUGUCCACGCUUGUAGAUCUCCCAGCUCUGUGUGAACUCUUGCAUUCAAUAAAGAGAAGUUAGCCUCC